GCUCUGAGUGUGAGUAAAAGAAACAAUGGCGUCGACGAACCUUCUCCGAAGUGGAGCUUCCAUCUUCAAUCGCCUUUCUAAAUCGCUUCUCCAAUCCAAUAACUCUAACCUCCUUCCUUCGCUCCGUAGGCUCCCCAUUCCCGAAAACGACGCCGAAUCCCCCAACAAACUCGUUGCCUCUCAGUGCCAAUGGUUCCUCUACCCUUGUGGCUUACCCUCGCUACCGUUCUUCUUACCUGACGGGGAUGUUUCUUCAUCAGAUGAUUCAAUGCUCUUAUUCCCCAAAAGGACAUUCCAACCUAGCCUUAUCCGACGAAAGAGGAACCAUGGUUUUUUCGCACGGAAGGCAACCAGAGGUGGCAGAAAAGUAAUUGCUCGAAGAAUAGCCAAGGGUCGAUCAAGGAUUACAGCUUAGUAUCAUUGACAUUGGAGCUAAAGAUUCAAUUUAGUAACUUAGUGCUCUUCAUGUUAAGUCCCAGUAAUACAGGGUGAACUUGAACAUUGUUACCUUUAAGAGCUCCUUUUUUUUGGAGGGGGUGGGGGUGGAGUUGUUCUGAGUACAGUCUACAAUGAUUAAUUUUUCAGACAACUAUCGUGUAUGGAUAUGUUAACAUUCUGUUUUUUUGUCUGUUUGAAAUUGUCGUCAAUAGUUGCAAUAAUUUGUAAUUGUGGUAUUAGUUUUAUGUCGAGUACCGCAGAAUAAUGUAAUUUACCUUGUG